CAGCAAUGGCGGCCUCCUGUAAAUCAGAGUGGUCACAGAGACUGUUGGCGAAAUAACAUAUAUCUGUCCUUGUGACUCGAGACUCUUUCUUACGCAACUUUGCUAAAUAUGACUGAAUGUCUCAUACAUUUUGCAUGUCUGACAAUGUCAGUUUUGUGACUUUUAUUACGCUGAAUUAACUUGACGACUGCUAAGCGACUCAUUGACAUCCUCAGGCAAAUCAGAAUGACACUAGGAAAGACUGCAGUUCGGGUGGUGAACUUGGGUCGUAUUUCCUAUGGACAGGCACUGCAGGUGCAACAAAAGCAUGUCCGGCAGCAUCUGGACAAAACAUCAGAUGUCCCAAACACUUUACUCCUGUGUGAGCAUCACCCAGUGUACACGAUCGGCAUCAGACAAGCACCAUACCCGCCUGAAGAGGAGGAGAGACUGAAAGGUCUGGGGGCAGAAUUCUUCCGCACUAACCGGGGAGGCCUCAUCACUUUCCAUGGACCCGGUCAGUUGGUUUGUUACCCGAUCCUCAACCUAGGCUGCUUUAAGAAGAGUGUGAGGUGGUAUGUGUGCGAACUGGAAAAGACUGUGAUUGGACUCUGUGGCAAAUUUGGGUUAAAAGCGGCAACAUCUCCAGACACAGGUGUCUGGGUGGGGGACAACAAAAUAUGUGCAAUAGGGAUUCACUGUGGCAGGUACAUAACGUCUCAUGGCAUAGCACUGAACUGCAACACUGAGAUGAACUGGUUUGACAACAUAGUGCCGUGUGGGAUCGUGGGGAAAGGGGUCACCUCCCUCAGUUUGGAGCUGAGCCGGGAUGUCACUGCUGCAGAGGCCACCCCGUACCUCCUAGAAAGCUUCAGCAAGAGGUUCAACUGCCAUGUGCUUCCUGAGAGAGAGGUUUUGUAGACGUGCAGUAUAGCCCAUGACUGUUCAUAACCAUGGAACAUUUUUAUUCAAAUGCAAUGCUUUGACUGCUUUUUGCCUGAACUAUUAGGGUUGCAACAAUUAAUCGAUUAGUUGUCAACUAUUAAAUUAAUCACCAACUUUUUUGGUAAUCGUUUAUUGAUUUGGGUCAUUCUUUUUUUUGGGAAACCAUCCCAGAAUUCUUUGAUUUUACCUCCGUAAACAUAUUUCCUUGAUUUACUUAGUUCCAUUGUUAAAACAUUGUGAUGCCAUACCAUGAGUUUUUUUUUUUGUGUUCCACUGCAAAUGUGCCAUAUUAUAUAGGGAGUGAGAAACGAACUGAACUUCAUUUCAGGUGAAGUCUAAUGAAUAAGUGCUUUAAGAUGGACGGGUGGUAGAUGCAGCUCUCGCAGGGCCACAUGUUGAUUGCUGUUAACAUAAUCAUCUGAUUCCCCCUAUCUUUCCUCAGAUGUCAUUGAUUAAUUAAUCUCACAUAAUCAGGCAAGCAAAGUAUCCCUCCAGAAAAACCCUCCAGUUUGUUGUCUUGCCUAACAUACGGAAAUAAUGAGAAAUACAAAAGAUUUGUUUUUGUAAAACAGUAUUGUAUUGUUAAUACCACAAUGGUAUUUUGUUCAGAUGAGUAAUGAACAAACAACAGUAAAACACCUGCUGCACCUGUAUCUGUGAAUUUUGUUCGAUGUGGGCAAAAAAGGGUUUGCUGUCCGUUCACCAGUGUUCGUUAUGAUGUGCCAUGAUGAGUUAUGGUAAAUUUGAUUGUUAUGACACGCUAGUUUAAAAUGUGGUUUUGUGUGUUAGGGUUGGAUAAGAUGUCCAAUAAUGUUUAUACCUCAAUUACAAUUCACGGUUCACAAUUCCCAUAAUUAUUAAGUAUGAAGUUAGAUAUUUCAUAGUAAUAAGAGACAGAAAGUGUGUUUCAUUAGUAGUUCAUUAGAAAAAUCCUUCACACACAUAUAUUGGGUGCAAAGUCAAAGAUAAUUCAUUAAUUCAUAGUAAUUCAAAGAUAAUUCAUUAAUUCAUAGUAAUUCAUUUCGAGAGACAUAUCAGUGAUGAAGCACUUCUGACCACCAACCUUUUUUCUAUAAUUUAUC